UUUCUAGUGAAGGAACUACUAGUUCUGAAUAAUUUGUAUUCAUUUUUACAGUAAUCAGCCAAAAUGACGAACACAAAGGGAAAGAGGAGAGGGACACGUUAUAUGUUCUCAAGGCCGUUUCGCAAGCAUGGAGUUGUCCCUCUGGCUACGUAUAUGCGCAUUUACAAGAAGGGUGAUAUAGUUGAUAUCAAGGGUAUGGGUACUGUUCAAAAAGGUAUGCCCCACAAGUGUUACCAUGGCAAGACUGGAAGGGUGUAUAAUGUUACUCAGCACGCUGUGGGCAUUAUUGUUAACAAGCAGGUUAAGGGCAAGAUUCUUGCCAAGAGGAUUAAUGUGCGUAUUGAGCAUAUUAAACAUUCCAAGAGCAGAGACAGCUUUCUGCAGCGUGUGAAGGAGAAUGAAAGGAAGAAAAAGGAAGCAAAAGAGAAAGGCAUUUGGGUUCAACUGAAACGUCAGCCUGCUCCACCAAGAGAAGCACACUUUGUGAGAACUAAUGGCAAGGAUCCAGAGCUGCUGGAGCCAAUUCCCUAUGAAUUCAUGGCAUAAUGCACAUUUAAAAAAAUAAAUUAAAGAUCUGGUUUUGGACAAGUGUA